CGCGGCAGCGUCAGUCUCGCGCGAACACGCGUCGAAUGUCGUGUCAGUGAAUAAAACGUAGUGAUUCUGUAUACAAAAUGGAUAUCUAUGAUCCAGAAGAUCUUAUUGCGGCGGUUAAGAAACGACCAUUGCUAUACGAUAAGUUUGCUGAAAAUUAUAAUGAUAGGACAGCGAAAUAUUCCAGCUGGAUGCAAGUGGCUCAAGAAGUUACAGAAAACUGGAAUGACCUCGACGUGAAAGAUAAAGAAUUAAGAGCCCGAGAAGUACAAAGUAAAUGGAGAAAUAUGAGAGAUAACUUUAGGCGAGAAAUAACCGAUAAACAGAUUACCAGUAAUGGCAUCAAGAAAAAGACCAAAUACAGAUAUUUUCAACAAUUAAUAUUCUUGCUUCCACAGUUUCAAAACAAAGACAGUAAUUCUAAAUCAAAAACAUCUGCUAUGAAAGAUAAUGAUCGAGAAAUCAGUGAAAAUUCAUUGACCAAUAAUAAGAGGCGCGUACGUAGAUAUCCAGUUUUUAGAAGUGUACCAAAUAAAAUUCGCAGGACACAAGAACCUACGGUGAAUUUAAUUCAACCAAAGGCAACUAACGCAUGGACAGAAGAAAAUGAAGUCAGAGAUUUUUGCAGAUCACUGGUACCCUCACUAUCAAAAUUAGACGACGAAGAUAGACUGUCAGCGAAGAUAGAAAUUUUAAAUGUACUUCGUAGAUUUUCUACACCUAAACACUUAAGAAUUAACACUGCAACUAUCAACGACACUCAAACAUUUAAUACAUUUCAACAGAGUUCAAACAUAGAGUCAAUACACAGUCAAAUAAAUCCAUUAUCUCCACUUCAAAGUGUUCAAGACUCACCCAUACAAAGUCUUAAUCAUACAACCUCCGCAUCACUGCUACCUUAUAAUAUUGAUAUAAGUCAUAUAAAAUCAGAUAUAAACGACAAUUAACUAAUAUGAAGAAAGAAAUAGAAUA